AUGUGCCAGCUCAUCCAUGAUGAUCUCGAUGACUCCCCUGAUCAAGAGACCCCCAUCAUCCGCGCCGCGGCCAAGCCAGACUCCGCUAGACUGGAAGUCCCUUUGGCUCGUCAUGCAGCAUCUAGUGCAGAAGAAGAUGUACCCCAGUGGAAACGCCGUCGACUACAAUACCUAGGGCCGAGUGGAGUGAUGCCAGUGCCUUCAUUUCUAUCGCCUAUCGUAUCUGCCACCAACGCUCAGUUGCCACACAACGUCCAUCUUCUCUUGGCCGCAGGAGCAGAAUCAAAUGGUGUAAGUCGUCUCGGAAUAGCAGACUAUCCAAUCGGUAUAUUCGUGGCCGCCAUUUCCAAGACGAUAUCACCAGCUUCGCGGCGUGUAAGCCCCGAGUAUUCGUCUUAG